AUGAUCACAACACUUCCCAAAUGUGCCGUGGACUUGGUGGCUGAUGUCCAAACCCGUGCCUUCUCUUCUCUUCUCUCCCUAGUCCUCUUCCAAAUACUCCUGCUGGCAGGUCUCCUGAGUGCCAAGAGAUUCCCGUGCUUCCCUGAGUAUUGUCUUCACGACAAGGACUAUGAGGAGCUGCUGGACAUUGUCAAACAUGGGCUGGAACCUGCAACUCACCCAGCAACCGUGGUCAUCGUUGGUGCAGGGAUAAGCGGGCUCACAGCAGCGAAGCUGCUCCAAGAUGCCGGCCACAGGGUCAUUGUCCUGGAGACCAGCAGCCGGGUUGGUGGCCGGAUCAGGACAUACCGCUCUGAGGACCAGGACUGGUACGUGGAGCUGGGAGCCAUGCGCCUGCCGAGCAAGCACAGGCUGGUCCGGGAGUUCAUCAGGCAGUUUGACCUGAAGCUAAACCCCUUCAUCCAGACCGAUGACAACACUUGGUACCUGGUGAACGGCAUUCGGGUAAGGACUAAGGAAGUGAACAGGAACCCCAACAUCCUCAAGUACCCGCUGAAGCCAUCAGAGAGAGGCAAGAGUGCCAGCCAGCUGUACCGAGAAGCACUGCACAAGGCUUUCAAGAAGUUCCAGGCUACAGACUGCAAGGAGUAUCUAACUAAAUAUGACUCCUUCUCCACCAAGGAGUAUUUGAUCAAAGUAGGCAACCUGAGCAGAGGAGCAGUGCAGAUGAUCGGGGACCUCCUGAACGAGGACUCGGGGUUUUAUCUGUCCUUCCUGGCCUCGCUGUGGGACUUUGACAUCUUCUCUGAUGAGAGUUUUGAUGAGAUCACGGGGGGAUUUGACCAGCUGCCCAAAGCCUUCCACAGAGCGUUGCCCAAUGUCAUCCAGUUCAAUUGCACGGUGGAGAAGAUCAUCACCAAGGGAAACAAAGUCCAUGUUUAUUACCGUGCUCCGGACACCCUGGCCCCAACCACAGUAACUGCAGAUUACGUCCUUGUCACCUCCACCACCAAGGCCACCAGGCACAUCCAAUUCCUGCCACCCCUUCCUCCCCCAAAGACGCAUGCCCUACGCUCCAUGCACUACGUGGCCUCCUCCAAGAUCGCCUUGGUUUGCUCUGAGAAGUUCUGGGAGAGGGACGGCAUCCGAGGGGGACAAUCCAUCACCGACCGCCCUUCCCGCUUCAUCUACUACCCCAGCCACAACUUCUCCAGCGGGCUGGGCGUGAUCCUGGCUUCCUACACUUGGAAUGACGAUGCCGACUUCUUCCUGUCUCUCACGGAUGAGAAGUGCCUGGAUGUGGUGUUCCAAGACCUGGCGGCCAUCCACCAGCUGAGCAAGGAGUACCUGCAGUACACCUGCGACCAGCACGUCAUCAAGAAGUGGCAACUGGACAAGCAUUCCCUGGGGGCAUUCGCUGCCUUCACCCCCUACCAGUUCACUGACUACUCGCGGGACCUCUUUGAGCACCAGGGCCGGGUGCACUUCGCAGGGGAACACACGGCUCAGCCCCAUGCCUGGAUUGACACAGCCAUGAAAUCCGCUGUCAGGGCCGCGAGCAACAUCCACCAUGACAGUGGUGAAGCCCCAGUGCUGGAUGAGGAGCAGGCAGGAGGGUCCCUGCAGAAGGAAGAUCUCUGA